CGUUGCAUUCACAUCCGAGGAGUGGGCCGACACACUUCAACUAUGCCCGUUUAAUUUCUGUCUUAUCAAUAAAACUGGACAGAUGCAUGGUUCAGGCCGGUGAAUAUAACGCAUUUAGAUUAGAUAUUCACUUGAUUGUUUUUCUAGUUUGUUGGAAUUAUUAUUCGAAUGUAGUUUUCGAUGGUUUGCUGCGGAUGUGGACGAUUGGCGAGUUGUAUGAAGUUUCGGGAUAAAGGAACGACUGCGUUUUAAAUUCGCCUGACUUAUUUAUUUUUCAGGACCCUUUUUGUACUUUAAUCGACUGCAAAAUUUGCAAGGAUGAGCGCUGGAAUUGCAAAGGCGGCGAAGCCAUCGACUCACGUCGACCCCAAAUCGGCGCCGCUGAAAGAGAUCCCUGAUAUUUUAGUGGAUCCCAGAACCAUGAAGCGAUACAUGCGAGGUCGCUUUCUCGGGAAAGGAGGGUUUGCUAAAUGCUACGAAAUUACAGAUAUGGACACAAAGGAAGUUUUCGCUGGGAAAGUUGUGCCGAAAUCGAUGCUACUGAAGCCACACCAGAAGGAGAAAAUGAGCACGGAAAUCGCCAUUCACAAAAGUCUCGAUAACCCGCAUGUAGUUGGGUUUCACGGGUUUUUCGAAGACGACGACUUCGUGUAUGUGGUAUUGGAGAUUUGUCGGAGAAGGUCUCUCCUUGAGUUGCACAAGCGAAGAAAGGCUGUGACGGAGCCUGAGGCCAGAUACUUUAUGCGCCAGACGGUCCAAGGUUGCCAGUACUUGCACAACAACAGGGUCAUUCACCGUGAUCUCAAACUUGGCAAUCUGUUCCUCAAUGAUGACAUGGAUGUGAAGAUUGGUGACUUUGGUUUGGCCACUAAGAUUGAGUUUGAUGGCGAGAGAAAGAAAACCCUAUGUGGCACUCCAAACUACAUCGCCCCAGAGGUGCUCUGCAAGAAGGGCCAUAGUUUUGAGGUGGAUGUAUGGUCACUGGGAUGCAUUCUAUAUACAUUACUGGUUGGAAAACCUCCAUUUGAGACAUCCUGUCUGAAGGAGACUUACAUCAAAAUCAAGAAGAAUGACUACGCAAUCCCUAGGCAUAUUAAUCCAGUUGCUGCUGCUCUGAUUCGGCGAAUGCUGCACGCUGACCCCACACUUAGACCUUCUGUGGCCGAGCUGUUGACGGAUGAGUUUUUCACUUCUGGAUACGCUCCAAUACGAUUGCCCACUUCCUGUCUCACUGUACCUCCCAGGUUCUCCAUUGCCCCCACCAGCCUGGAUCCUGCCCUUCUUCGCAAACCCCUCUCAUCACUGAAUAAAGGAACAGACAGUCCUAUUGAGAAAAUGGGGAAAAUGGAGCAGCCACAAAGUGAAGAUAUGCAGCAAAGGGAUGGAUCUGAACAGCCUGACUGCCACCUGAGUGAUAUUCUGCAGCAACUGACUAGCCUCAAUGCUGCCAGGCCAUCUGAGAAAGACUUUAUUAGACAAGAGGAAGCGGAGGACCCUGCUUGUAUUCCUAUCUUCUGGAUUAGCAAAUGGGUUGACUACUCUGACAAAUAUGGCCUUGGUUAUCAGCUGUGUGAUAACAGUGUAGGAGUUCUGUUCAACGAUUCCACACGUUUGAUCAUGUACACUGAUGGUGACAGUCUGCAGUACAUUGACCGUAACUCGGCAGAAUCCUACCUCAGCGUGCGCUCAUACCCCUCUGCUCUCUCCAAAAAGAUUACACUCCUCAAAUAUUUCAGGAAUUACAUGAGUGAGCACUUGCUGAAGGCUGGGGCAAACAUAACACCCCGGGAUGGAGAUGAGCUGACCCGGUUGCCAUACCUGCGUCACUGGUUUCGCACAAAGAGCGCCAUCGUGCUACAUCUCAGCAACGGAACUGUACAGAUAAACUUCUUCCAGGAUCACACCAAGCUUAUUUUGUGUCCUCUGAUGGGAGCAAUAACGUACAUCAACGAGAAGCGAGAGUUCUGUACCUAUAAAAUCACCCUGAUCGAGGAGUUUGGCUGCUGCAAAGAGCUGGCCAGCCGUUUGCGCUACGCUCGUAAUAUGGUGGAGAAGCUCAUGGCCUGCAAAAGCACUGCUACAGCCACUACAUCCACACGCUAACCCAAAUCACAUGGCUUUAUGAGGUCGCCAUUGACUCUGAUCUUCCUCGCUCGAGUCUGAGGGCCUUUUAAAUAUUUCAAAACUUGUACAGUUUUCUGGGUUUUACACCGUGAAUUCUUCCUCCUCCUGAAUCUUUUGUUUACUCUUCACUAUCACUUGUUUGUAUGGAUUGGAAAGUUUGUGACCAUGCAAGCUAUCAAUAUCAUGUGAAUGCUCUUUGUACAUGUUUUAAUGUUUUAGAACUUAUCUGUUUAACUUUUCACUGUUCUUUGUAUAAAAGCUUUUGGACAUAAAUAUUUUAAUUUCUAAGAGUAUAAUUGAAAUAAGUUGGUAUUUCAGAUUAUUAAAGAUAUUAUUAUUCUUUUUUUUUUUGUUUUUUAGAAUAUUCAAUGUUAGGCUGUUGAUAAAUGAGUUUAAUUAAAAUAUUAAUGUUUUGAAACCCCACAGUUUAAGUGUUUCAACCAGGCCACCAUUGUUAAUGUUUGCAAUUAAUAAAGUGACAUGGGGCUUUGAAGAAAUAUUCUGGGUUAAAUAGGUCUACAAUUUGUGCUACAUCUACAGCAUGCUGUUGAUUACCGCAGAAAAUCAAUUUAGACUUGUCUCUCAGUCAGUUAGAACAAUUACAGUUAUUACCUUUUCUGAAAUCUUCACUACUACUAGUAUCAUGUGAAUGGCGCAGGAUUUACCAGCUUUACGAGGUCAUGGCAGGAGUUGGAAAAUUUGAACUUUUGUUAUAAUGACUUUACACAGACAAGGUUAGUAAGCACUUUUUUUUUUUUUUUUUUUUUUGUAUCAACAUCGUAUCAAAGACAAAAUGGUUUACAUUUUGGCACAUUAAAUGUCACAAAAGCAUGUUCCACAAGCAUGAUUGUAAAAUGAAAUGUUGACUGGUUUGGGUGCACAGCGUGAGGGUUAUCACAAAGAUAGUUUUACUUAACUGGAGCACAUUUUAUGCAUGUCAUUUUGGACUUGCACUGACAGGGCCGUAGAUGCAGCAUCAGUCAAAUGCAAUAGUUUUAAGUUACUAAUGCCAUUGCAGAAAUUCACUAUUCAUGGUAAGCAAUGAAUACAUUAAACCAUAAGUGAAAGUGUCCAAUAACAGUGCGAUUACUGAGAUUAAGCAAGUAAUAUUUGUUAUAGUCAUGUGAUCCUAACAUGGCAACCUCCAUGAGGGGACCCUUUCCAUGUAGAAUAAAACAGCUUUAAUAAGGUUACUGGUAUGACUGGAGUCUUCAUCUCGUGGGAGUGGUAAUUAUUUUUAUACAUGUUUCAAAUAUACAAUUAAUUUCUGUAUGAUUAUAACUUUUUAAAUGAGGAAACAAAUACUGAGUACACCUUUAAGUACUUGUUUCAUUAGAUGUACAAACGAAGUGUCAUUGAAAUGUGUCCACUUAGGUAUAACUUAAAUGUUCAUUUACACUGCCACUAAAUGCAAUGCAAAGAUUUUGUGAAAUGUGCUUUUGAACUGCCAUUUGCUGUUGUCACUUAUCAAGACCAAAUGCUUUGAUCAGUAUGAGUGAAGCUGGCAACCACAAGACAGAAGAAUAAUUAAAAACUUGAA